GGAUUUUGGGACGAUAAUGUCAACAGUUUGCUUACAUUUUUAACGGCCAAAAUCGUCAGAAAAAAAGAGAGUGCAAAAGGCCACAACAAUGGCGCUCUGCUUUCACUACCAUUCCUCUCCCUUCACUCCCCCAAACUUCACUCGUCUCUCCCGUUUAAAGAGACUCCCAAACCAUUCUUCUCUCUCAGUGCGAUCACUCGCGACUUCGAAUCGCCAGCGCGAAGACGAAGAGUCGAACCCGAAUGCGGUGCCGGAGCAAAAGAAGGCGAAAAGGCUGUCGGAACAGUCCUCGUGGGAAGCCAAGGACUCUGAAGGCAAGGAUUAUCUCUACCGGCUCGGUGCCGAGGCCGAUAACAUGAACAUCGCCGUCGGCGCUAGGGCGGGAGUCAUUGAUGACCUCUUCACUGGAAAUUUCCUCGGAAAAGACUCGGAUAUUGUGUUUGAUUAUCGGCAGAAGGUAACCAGGUCAUUUGAGCAUCUUCAAGGCGAUUACUAUAUUGCUCCACUUUUCUUGGAUAAAGUUGUUUGCCACAUAGUGAAGAACUUCAUUGCUAAAAGUAUCAAUGCCAAAGUUCCUCUUAUUCUAGGCAUUUGGGGUGGUAAAGGACAAGGAAAAACGUUUCAAACUGAACUGAUCUUUCAGACCAUGGGCGUAGAGCCUGUUAUUAUGUCUGCAGGGGAAUUGGAAUCAGAAAGAGCUGGAGAACCUGGAAAAUUGAUUCGUGAACGGUACAGAACUGCUUCACAAGUGGUUCAGAACCAAGGCAAGCUGAGCUGCUUGAUGAUCAAUGACAUUGAUGCUGGCCUUGGUAGAUUUGGUAAUACUCAAGUGACAGUGAACAAUCAAAUCGUUGUUGGAACUCUGAUGAACUUGGCAGAUAAUCCCACAAGAGUAAGUAUCGGACAGGUCUGGAGAGACUCGGAUAUUACACAUAGGAUUCCUAUCAUUGUUACAGGAAAUGACUUUUCAACAAUUUAUGCUCCCUUAAUUCGUGAUGGAAGGAUGGAUAAAUUUUUUUGGCAGCCCACCCAGGAAGACAUUGUAAAUAUUGUUUCUCGAAUGUAUGAGAAAGAUGGCAUAACACAGGAUGAGGUUGCCAGGAUAGUUAAUAAAUUUCCUAAUCAAGCCUUGGAUUUUUAUGGAGCUAUGAGAUCGCGGACAUAUGACCGGUCAAUCUUAAAGUGGGUUGAUGACAUCGGAGGUGCUGAAGGUCUUGGCAGGAGAUUUCUUAGGCAGAGAAAGGAUGGGAAGCUUCCUGUUUUUAUUCCCCCAGAGCAAACAAUGGAAGCUUUGAUGGAAUCAGGGCUUGGUCUUAUUAAAGAGCAAAAGUUUAUAAUGGAGUCCAAACUUUCUAAAGAAUAUAUGAAGAACAUUGAUGAAUAAUAGAGAGAGUUGAAGGAGGAAGGAACUUUCAAAGUUACUAUUUUCAAGUACAUUGUGCAUUUGUGAUUGUCAGACACUGUUCUUUAAAAUGCCGGAGAGGCGGAGAACUACUCAAUAUUGCUUUAGAAAAAAUGUUUGUUGUAAACAAUUCUCAAUUUUGAUAUAGAUAUGCUAUAAUAAUCUUUACCAUCCCAGUUAGCUA